GCUGCUGAGCCUCAACACCCAGAUAAGGAGAUUAGAGGUGAGGCUUCUGCUUCGGCAUCUUCCCCUUGGAGCUGCAGGUCUGACUGACUCCUCAGCUGGUCGCUCCAAGUGUUGACUCUCUGGAAGCUUCAUUUUGGGCAAAAAAAAAAAAAAUGUGUGAUCAGACCUUUCUAGUUAACGUAUUUGGCUCCUGUGACAAAUGUUUCAAACAACGAGCUCUGAGACCAGUUUUCAAGAAAUCUCAACAGCUCAGCUACUGUUCAAUGUGUGCAGAAAUUAUGGCAACCGAUGGGCUGCACGAGAACCAGACGCUGGCGUCGCUGAAGAGCGAGGCCGAGAGCCUCAAGGGCAAACUGGAGGAGGAGCGGGCCAAGCUGCACGACGUGGAGCUACACCAGGUUGCGGAGCGGGUGGAGGCCCUGGGGCAGUUUGUCAUGAAGACCAGAAGGACCCUCAAAGGCCAUGGGAACAAAGUUCUCUGCAUGGACUGGUGCAAAGAUAAGAGAAGGAUCGUGAGCUCAUCCCAGGAUGGGAAGGUGAUCGUGUGGGAUUCCUUCACUACUAACAAGGAGCACGCGGUCACUAUGCCCUGCACGUGGGUGAUGGCUUGUGCAUAUGCCCCAUCAGGAUGUGCCAUUGCAUGCGGUGGUUUGGAUAAUAAGUGUUCUGUGUAUCCACUGACAUUUGACAAAAAUGAAAACAUGGCUGCCAAAAAGAAGUCAGUCGCUAUGCAUACCAACUACCUGUCUGCCUGCAGCUUCACCAACUCAGACAUGCAGAUCCUGACGGCGAGCGGCGAUGGCACAUGUGCCCUGUGGGACGUGGAGAGUGGACAGCUGCUGCAGAGUUUCCAUGGGCACGGGGCCGAUGUGCUCUGCUUGGACCUGGCCCCCUCAGAAACAGGCAACACCUUCGUGUCUGGGGGAUGUGACAAGAAAGCCAUGGUGUGGGACAUGCGCUCUGGCCAGUGCGUGCAGGCCUUUGAAACACACGAAUCCGACAUCAACAGUGUCCGAUACUACCCAAGUGGAGAUGCCUUUGCUUCAGGAUCAGAUGAUGCUACGUGUCGCCUCUACGACCUCCGGGCAGACAGGGAGGUCGCCAUCUAUUCCAAAGAGAGUAUCAUAUUUGGAGCAUCCAGUGUGGACUUCUCCCUCAGUGGUCGCCUGCUGUUUGCUGGAUACAAUGAUUAUACCAUCAAUGUCUGGGAUGUUCUCAAGGGGUCCAGAGUCUCCAUCCUGUUUGGACAUGAAAACCGCGUUAGCACUCUACGAGUUUCCCCCGAUGGGACUGCUUUCUGCUCAGGGUCAUGGGAUCAUACCCUAAGAGUCUGGGCUUAAUCGUCUCUUCACAAUGCACACCUGAGAGUAGAAUUUGAAAUCUUCAUAUGUAAACAGAUCUUUCUUCUAGAGGAUCUGAGGGCUACUGCAACUUAGCUUAAAGGAGCAACUCUAUGGCUGAAGUUCACUCAGCAUCCCCAAUAUUACCAUUAAAACUACCACCCUUGGAAAGAUACUGGUGUGAGCCUCCAGCACUAGGACACCUUCAAGUACAGUGUUUUGCAUUUUGAACACUUUUUAAAAUUUAUCCAUUUUUAAGGUUAUUCUAGUUAUAUAGUCUCAUCUCAUUCUAUUACCAACAGGAUUCAGCAUUUAAUAUAUCCUGUAGUACUUCCUUAAAUGAAAUUUCUUUUCAGAGCACUUUAAAAUCUGAUUCCUCUCAGUGUGCACUGUCUUUGGAACCUUCCUCUAGAAGUGCUGAUCUUAAUGCACUACAUGAGGCAGACUGUGCUGACUAGUCUGUGAUAGAAGAUUCCAAUUCCAAAUGUAAUUGGAAAAUAAUCACUUUUUUUUAAGUUUAUUUAUUUAUUUUGAGAGAGAGUAUAUGUGCAUGCGUGGGGGAAAGGCAAAGAGAGAGGGAGAGAGAGAGAAUCCCAAGCAGACUCUGUGCUGUCAGCGCAGACCCCAAUGCAGGGCUCGAUCUCACGAACCUGUGAGAUCGUGACCUGAGCCGAAAUCAAGAGUUGGAUGCUUAACCUACUGAGCUACCCAGGUGCCCCUGGACAUAAUCACUUUGUAAAAAUUUUUUUAUUGUAAUAAUUUCUUUUUCAGUCUGGUAGUGUCUUUUUCAGAUCAAACAUUUCCAUCUCUGUGAACAGUUCUAAAUGAAGGAGAGAUAGGCAUUGAGUGGACAGGAUGUUUGAUUUAUGAAUUCUGUGAUGAUGCAAUCACUUGGACAGGAUAUUUCCUGUCAUUGAAGAGUAAAGCUGAAUGCUGUUUGUGACACAAAUGCUUCUCAGAGCAACCAGAACCUUUCUGUGCAGGAACACAAGACCGCAAACUUAUUUAAAAACCUGUUAGUAAUAGUAGAUGUUCUAGAAUUAAUAGCAUCCACUCAGGCUAAAGUAGAUCAUAUCCAUAUAAAGUAUAUUCAUAUUUAUUGCAUUGAAAAAGUAAUUACAUAUGCAAAUUAACUGAUAGGUCUUGAGUAAUAAUGUCUUUGCUGCUCUUAUAUUGAGAAAAAAUAACAUAAAAAAUACCUUGUCUUUAUUUGAAA